AUUGAGCCCCCUCGCUAUUAUUGACAAGAGGUCCCAGACUCCCUGCCUAUUGUGCUAUCCUGUGUGGUAGGCAACAAUACUGACAACCGUUAUCAAUAAUACGACCGGCACACACAAUAGGUUGUCCUGAACAGCCCACACACCUCAUGGGAGACCAAACGGAAGCUUGACCUCCACAGGCUCGCCAGCCUGGGUCGAACUCGACCCUGAACAACCUACCUCUCAACCACACUUUCCGCGCCGAAGUUUUCAUUUCGAUCUCCUGAGUAGCCGCUUUUCUCACAGAAGCCUUGCGAUUGCCGCAACUUGAUCAUCAAUCAUGGCGCAGUCUCCCCAGCACGCUCCGCAGAUGCCUCCGCAGCAGCAGAUACCUCAUCAGCAGCCGACGCCCCAACAGCAGCCGAUGGCCCAGCAGCAGCAGGUGCCUCAGAAGCAGCAGCAGAUGUCCCCUCAGCAACAUCAGCAGCAGAUCCCAACUCAGCAGCAUCAGCAGAUGCGUCCUCAGCAGCAGCAGCAGAUCCCGACUCAGCAGCAGCAGAUGCGUCCCCAGCAACAGAUGCCUCAGCAGAUGCCUGCUCAGCCCUUCCCUCCUGAGCACUCACCCUCGCCGACCCCCAAUCCGUCGGGCUUUACGAUGCCUCCUCAGAUGCCUGCCCAAACCCACCGUGCCGAGCAGUCACCUUCGCCGGCCCCUAAUCAACCGGGUUUUGCGCUGCCUCCGCAGAUGCCUGCGCAAAGCUUACCUCCUGAACACUCACCUUCGCCGGGCCCCCAUCAGCCGGGUUUUGCGAUGCCUCCGAACAAGCGCCCUCGAUUGUCCCCAGGCCCUCCGUCCCAACCUGCGUCGCCUUAUCCACCCUCUCCAUACGCCACGAGCCCUGGCGCCGGCGCGGCGACCCCGACCAGCGCAAUGUCCCCAGCCUACCCGAACAUUUCUGCGACAGGACCUCCAACAUACACCACGCCGUACACAAAUGGCGCAACGACACCCAGCCUACACCUACCUGAGUCUCAGCCAGCCUUCACCCCGGCUUCGUCUACUCCCAUCGCUCCUGCCGGGUCACAACUGCAUUAUACCCCGGCCACCCUGGCCCCAAUUCCUGGUCCUCCGACACCAGGGACCAUGACUCCUGUUCCUGCCCCUCCCACACCGGGGACCAUGGGCCCGCCAUCGAAGCCUGCCGAAAAACCCGCCAAAGAAUAUGAAUACGAUGCGACGGACUCGCUUGCCGGUACCGGCAUUGAUAUCCGCGCGGAGGAGCAGGCUCUCACGGAUUACUAUGCUGGACUUUUCGGGCAUGACUCUCGGACAGGCUUACCUGCAAACGCGCCGGGUAGCAGGGCUUCGUUCCAUGGUGCUGGAGCUGCCAAUCAAGCCGGUCAAGCCACUGGUGCCCUAACCCAAGAGGAGCUCGCCGCUCAAGCGGCAGAGAGAGCCUGGUCCGAAGCAGCCCACCGACUGGCAGUCAUGCGGAGCAAUGAGAUACGGGACCCGUUCCUGACCAUGGCACUUCUACAUCGCAAGGCCGAGAAGGUCUCCAGAGAAAAUGGCCUAUCCCUUAAUAUGGAAAUUAAGAACCACACCCAGACGGCCGGCAAGAUGAGAGGCCCGCAUGAUUUUCCCGAGCCCAAGGUCACCGUCACGACCAAGACUGGCCCUGACGGUGCACUCGUGGCGACGACAGGAUCUUGGAUUCCCCACGAUGCCUAUCUCAUUGAUCAGCUAACACUAUUAUCACUUGCCACGAGGCAUCGGAUCCGCGAGAAACUGGAAGACGGCGUCAAGGUUGCGGUCACCAGGCAGAAGACGUCGCACGGAGAAGUCCCUACUGAAUGGGUCGAUGCUGCAGCGCCUUUAAGCAUUACAGAUGUCGGUGUCACGCAGGGCGAGAGCUCUCGUGCUGGUCAGGAAAGGGCCGUGAGCCCUCGUGUCAAUUCCCUCAAGCGCAAUUUAGAUGGGUCUCCCGCUCAGGUAUUGUCUACCAACCAUCUGACGUCUGCGGUACGAGAUGUUGGUAAAGGAGAUCGUAGCAUAGAGGAGGUGAGGCUGCGAAAGCGACAGAAGCGGCUCAAUCCUGAGACGGCCACCAGUACAUCCCGCGCAGGUUCAGCUGCUCCCGGGACCCCUGGACCGUCAGCCCCGGAGCCGGAGACCAAGGCGCCCCCCAAGAAAGAGCCAAAGAAGGCUGCGGCAGCGAGAUUAGCAGAGGCAUCGAGUACGGCGACCGCGAACCAGACAUUGCAGCACCUCAUGGGUGGCUUUGGGGGUCGCAAGAAGAAGGGCAAACAAUACGCGUGGAUGAACGCAGGUGCGAGCGGUGCCAGUACCCCAACUCGCGCCGGCAAUCAGGACGUUCCCGGCACUCCGUUAGGCACUCCCGGCCCCAAGGCUCCCGAGAAGACAAGUCUGACCCAAGAUGGACUGAACCGACUCGGAAACUGGAGAGAGGACGGGGAUAAGGGGAAGGGUAUCCAAUUGAGAGACUGGGUAACAGCCUUGGAACUCGAUGCCAUCGAUGCCAAGGCAAUCCAGGAUGCCUACAUGAAGCUCGAUUCCUUCGUCAGAUAACGCCCAUUCAGACCAAGGGCCGGGCGCCAGCGAGAAGCCACAGGCCUAAUUCUGCGCGGCCUCGCGGAGCAUCCGCCGACCUACUGACUUUCCAUAUUGUGCUUUUUGUCGGUCUUAGCCGGGCGUUAGGAGAGGAGGGCAUUUGGCUUGGGGACCGCAUUCAUCCACUUGUACACGGUACAAGCAGCGACGUAUUAGGCAUCCCCCAGGUUCGGAAUCAACAGCUCUUUAAUAUGACACGGACCUAUGGGUCCACGGUCGGUACACAACAUAGGAAAAUAGAGAAUGAUCCAAGCGAUGAACCUUGC